UGGUCGUACAGUACUGUUUUUCGGAAAGUCAAUAUUAUUAUCAGUUUUCUGAUUAAAUAUAUGCUGUUAGCUAAUUAGCAGUUACUAAUAUCUAUAUUACGUUGAGUUUUUACUAAAAUACGUUUGUAUAUAACUCGUAAACGUUGAUUUCUCGCUUCCGGUGUGGGGGGUCUGUUUGUCGUAUUUUAUGUGAUUUUACUGUUUUAAAACAUGUCUGUGAGUGAAAAAGUGUCGCUAUCGGACGCUUUGAGCAAUGUUGAUGUUUUGGACGAGCUCACUUUGCCUGAUGAGCAGCCGUGCAUCGAAGCUGCUCCAUGCUCCAUCCUGUACCAGGCUAACUUCGACACGAACUUUGAAGACCGUAAUGGCUUUGUCACCGGCAUUGCUAAGUACAUUGAGGAGGCAACCGUUCAUGCCAACCUGAACGAGCUGCUGGAGGAAGGCAACGCUCACGCGGUGAUGCUGUACACUUGGAGGUGCUGCAGCCGCGCGAUCCCGCAGCCGCGUUCCAACGAGCAGCCUGACCGCGUGCACAUCUACGAGCGCACCGUGCAGGUGCUGGCGCCGGAGGUCGACAAGCUGCUGCAGUUCAUGUACUUCCAGCGCAAGGCUAUCGAGCGUUUCUGCGGCGAAGUCCGGCGGCUCUGCCACGCAGAGAAGCGGCGCGACUUCGUGUCGGAGGCCUACCUGCUGACGCUCGGCAAGUUCGUCAACAUGUUUGCCGUGCUCGACGAGCUCAAAAACAUGAAGAGCUCCGUCAAGAACGAUUACUCUACCUACAGGAGGGCCGCGCAGUUCCUGAAGGUGAUGUCUGACAGCCAGAGCCUGCAGGAGUCACAGAACUUGUCAAUGUUCCUUGCCACGCAGAACAAAAUCCGGGACACUGUCAAGGACGCGCUCGAGAAGAUCAAUGGGUACGAGGAUCUGCUGGCGGAUGUGGUCAACAUCUGUGUCCACAUGUACGAGAAUAAGAUGUACCUCACGCCAUCAGAGAAGCACAUGCUUGUCAAGGUGAUGGGGUUCGGCCUGUUCCUAAUGGACUCCGACGCAUGCAACAUUAACCGUUUGGAUCAGAAAAAGAAGAUACGACUCGACCGCAUUGACAGAAUAUUCAAGAAUUUGGAGGUGGUACCUCUGUUCGGCGAUAUGCAAAUAGCUCCUUUCAACUACAUUCGGAGAUCCAAGCACUAUGACCCUAGCAAAUGGCCGCUGUCCUCGAGCCCGACCCCGCUGUCUCCCCAGGCAGACCUGAUGGUGCACUUACCGCAGAUCAGGGAGGAACACCAGAACUACAUCUCUGAACUGGCUCGCUAUAGCAACGAGGUCACAACAACGUUCAAGGAAGCAGGCUCGGAUACAGAGAACAAGGCGGUCACAGAGCUGUGUCUGCGAGGCCUACAGCUCCUGUCUCGCUGGUGCUGCGUGCUCACCGAGCUCUGCUCGUGGAAGCUGUUGCACCCUACCGACCACACCGUCAACGCGCGCUGCCCACCUGACGCCGAGGAGUAUGAGAGGGCAACCCGCUAUAACUACACUUCAGAGGAGAAGUUCGCCAUGAUAGAGGUGAUAGCUAUGAUCAAGGGGCUGCAGGUGCUCAUGGCUCGCAUGGAGACGGUGUUCGCGGACGCGGCGCGCCGCUCCAUAUACGCGGAGCUGCAGGACUUCGUGCAGCUGGUGAUGAGGGAGCCGCUCAGGAAGGCCAUCAAGAAUAAAAAGGACUUGAUCAGGAGUAUAAUAGUGUCGGUUCGCGAGACCUGUGGCGACUGGGCCCGCGGCUGCGAGCCGCAGCAGGACCCCAUCCUGCGCGGCAAGAAGGACGGCGAGCCCAGCUUCACCAUCAAGGUGCCCAGGAGGAACGUGGGUCCGUCGUCGACGCAGCUGUACAUGAUCCGCACGCAGCUGGAGGCGCUCAUCUCGGACAAGUCCGGCGGGCGGCGCACGCUGCGCAAGGAGCUGGACGCCAACACGCUGCUGCAGAUAGAGGGCUUCCACACGCAGAGCAAGUACUGGGGCGCGCUGCUCAACCUCUCAGACUCUCUACAGAAGUGCUGCGACCUCUCCCAGCUGUGGUACAGGGAGUUCUACCUGGAGAUGACCAUGGGAAGGAAAGUCAACAAAUGCAUGGUCCGCCACCAACACAACGAGGAGUGCAACGACCUGAUCACGAUGGAGAAGCGCAUCCAGUUCCCGAUCGAGAUGUCUAUGCCGUGGAUCCUCACAGACCACAUCCUACGGAGCAAGGAACCCGCUAUGAUGGAGUACGUGCUAUACCCGCUCGACCUGUACAACGACUCCGCCCAGUACGCGCUCACAGUAUUCAAGAAACAAUUCCUUUACGACGAAGUAGAGGCAGAGGUGAACUUAUGCUUCGACCAGUUCGUGUACAAACUGUCCGAGCAGGUGUAUGCGCACUACAAGCAGCUCGCCGCCAGCAUGCUGCUAGACAAGCGUUACCGCGCCGAGUGCGCCGCCAGGGGCGCCAGCACCAGCGCCGGCGCAGGGCGAUACGCCUCGCUGCUGCGGCAGAGACAUGUGUCGCUGCUGGGGCGACACGUCGACCUCUGCGCUCUGGUGGCACAGCGCAUCAACGCGGACAUGCAUCGCGCUCUCGACGCCGCCGUCGCCAAGUUUGAGGCGGGAGACAUCACUGGAGUCAUAGAACUGGAAGGCCUCAUAGCCGUGAACCGCUUGUGCCACAAGCUGCUGAGCCGCUACCUAACCCUGGACGACUUCGAAGCCAUCCUGCGGGAGUCAGACCACGGCGUCCUGGCCCCGUACGGCCGAGUGACGCUGCACGUGUUUUGGGAGCUCAACUACGACCUUUUGCCCAACUACUGCUACAACGCUGCCACCGACAGGUUCGUGAAGUGCCGCGGCAUUCAGUUCGCGGCGGGCGUGGUGCGCGAGCGGCCGCCGCAGUGUGGCCACGCCCUGCUGUGGGGCUCCAAGCAGCUCAGUCUGGCGUACUCCGCACAGUACGCCCAGUACAACGGGUUCGUGGGCCCGCAGCACCUGCACGCGCUGGUGCGUCUGCUGGGCUACCAGGGCGUGGCGGUGGUGGUGGCGGAGCUGCUGGGCGUGGCGCGCGGCCUGCUGCACGGCACGCUGGCGCAGUUCACGCGCGCGCUGCAGCAGGCCAUGCCGCGCCACUGCAAGCUGCCGCGCUACGACUACGGCUCCAACGGUGUCCUGGGCUACUACCACGCGCAGCUGACGGACAUCGUGCAGUACCCGGACGCCCGGACUGAACUGUUCCACGCGUUCCGUGAACUCGGCAACAUCAUCCUGUUCUGCAUGCUCAUUGAACAGGCCCUCAGCCAGGAGGAGGUCACUGACCUGCUGCACGCGGCUCCCUUCCAGAACAUUCUCCCGCGGCCAUAUUGCGCUGAGGGCGAGAAGCCAGAAACCAAGACCAAGCGACUGGAGGCCAAGUACGCGGCGCUGCAGAUCGUGCAGAAUGUCGACAAGUACGGCACUGCCAAGCAAAGCCAGCUGUCCCGCGAGGGUGACCUGCUGACCCGCGAACGUCUGUGCUGCGGGCUGUCGCUGUUCUCCGUGGUGCUGCGCCGCCUGCGCGCCAGCCUGGCCCCGCCCGCGUGGCCCGCGCCACCCGCGCCGCCGCACCACGCGCCCGCGCACAACGACGACACCACCGAGUUCCACAGACUGUGGUCAGCUCUGCAAUUCCUGUAUUGUAUUCCCGUUGGCGAGACGCAGUUUACUGUUGAGGAGCUGUUCGGUGAAGGCCUGCACUGGGCCGGGUGUACGCUCAUCGCCCUGCUGGGGCAGCAGCGGCGCUUCGAGGCCCUCGACUUCUGUUACCACAUCCUCAGGGUGCAGCGCGUCGACGGAAAAGAUGAGCUCGUCAAAGGAAUCCCGCUGAAGCGCAUGGUGGACCGCAUCCGUCGCUUCCAGGUCCUCAACUGCCAGAUAUUCGGCGUGCUGGCGCGUCACCUGGCUGCCGACGACGAGAGGCAGGGCGUCGAGCACGUGCGCUGCUUCCCGCCGCCCUCCGCGCCGCAACACUCGCUGGGGUAGACUGACAUGUCACUCGGAUAUUUUGACAUUUGUAUCGUUAAUAAUUCAAUAUGUAGCAUUACAACCCCCACUGCGUAGCAUAAACGCCCCCAAUAUGUAGCAUAACGGCCCCCACUAUAUAGCAUAACGGCCCCCAAUAUGUAGCAUAUUUUUCGAAUUGUUUAUUUAUCGGACUUCAUUCGAACAACAUAAAUCAUAUUAGUUUUCUAAUGGUAGUAAUAAUCCACAACCAAAAACUAAUACAUUUGAGCGAUACUGGGCACGGCAGCGCGUAGCACCCAGCUCUCCAGCAGCGCGUCCCACCGACCUGCCAACACAGGCCUGAUAAAAAAAGCACAGCACAACGGCCCCCACUAUAUAUCAUAAACACCCCCAAUCCUUCCUCAUGUAAAAUCUUUCAUAUUUUUAUAUAAACAAUAAUCUUUCCAUAUUAAAUAAGUUAUAUAGGUUAUUAUUAUUAAUGCGAUAUUAUAUUAUUCCAUUCCCAACGUAAAGUAGAUUUUAAUGCAUUUUAUUGUAAGAUAAUAAAAUUAUUAUUAGAUAAUAAAAUUAGGUAAAUUAUGUUUAAUUUAUUGUCUAAGUCAUCAUCAUCAUCUCCCUAGCGUUAUCCCGUUUUCACGGGGUCCGCUUACCUAACCUGAUGAUUUGACAGGUCCGGUUUUUUUUACAGAAGCGACUGCCUGUCUGGGGGUUGAAAAGGCUACAUCGAAACAAUUCAUCUAAAAAGCAAUUUUGCAAUUUGACAUUUGCGCAUAUAAAAGUAAGUGCGCAAUGCAAACAAAUGUCAAAUAGCAAUAUUACUUUUUUAGGUGAAUCGCUUUGAUGAGGCCUUUUUAAUCCCCUGACGUUCCGAUCCGAAAGUAUAAUUUCAUUGUUGGCCCUGUUACACCUUGUUUUAUUCUAAGUUAUAUCUGUCCUUUUCUUAUCCGCCGAAAACGAAAGAGACGGGUAAUCGACACGACAUGAACAUUAUGAAACUCUAAGCAACCCUCUCAAAAAUUUACAUCGGCCUAUAACCCGACGGAAUUAGGUUGACAGCACACGUCAAACGGGUUGCAUACCAGCUAGAUGCCUGUUUGUAUCGCCCGGGUUAUUCGUUCAAUCACUCAUUGAUUUUAAAUUUAACAGCUGUCAGUCACCCGUCCCUUUCCUUUUAGGUGGAUAAGAAAGUGACAGGUAUAACUUAGCAUAAAAUUAUAUACCAUUACUAUUAAUCUAACACCACUUUCUAUGCAAUCUUGUUAAGUUGUUAAGUAAUAUUUUAUUUAAAAAGUAUUGUAUUGAAAUUAAAUCUAAGAUUUCUCUACUAUUUUGUAAUCGAAUUAAAUAAAGAAUUUAGAAUAAUA